AUGACCAAGUAUGCGUAUUGUCGAAGCUCGAGAUUGACUAAAAUAGUCAUAGCGAUAAUACUUAUUAAACGCCAUACGAUUCACGUAGGUCCGGUGCACGGUCCGCGGAGGUGCUGGAUACCGGUGUUGACCACGCAACUUUCGGAUAGCACCACGGCAUACGCCAGCAUGGACGGGCAAUCGUCUUCGGCCGACGAGGAGCGCGAACCGAUGCUCCCCGGGGACGACCACCAGUCGGACGACAUUCCACUGUACCGGUUGGACGGACAGAAGCAGUCGGCCGCCUCGUUGGCGUCGACACCUGCGAUUGCGCCGGAGACGGCCGGCCUGGAGAUCAACGCAGAAGUGGCCCAGCGACCACGGCGGCCCAGCACGCUGCGGCGCCAAAACAGUAACGUCAGCAACAGGGUCGAAGUGAUUUUCGACGAGACGGUUCUCUAA